AUGGCUUUUUUCUCUUCAGACAACUUUUCAUUUUACUUGCUGUAUCAUCACGCAUGGCUAUCCUAUACGCUUUGCUCCCAUCAAGUCCACCUCAAGUACACUUCCACACCAUCACCCUGUAAUUUUCUUAUUUCGUACCAAGUCAAGUCAUGUUUUGUUUGCUAUCGCCGUUUCACUCCAGACUACACUAACUGCGCACUCAUAUCCACGCCAAGCAACCACUCACUCACUCACUCACUCAUCGUUUCCGUCUACUCUUUCCUAUUUCGUUUGCCACACAAACCCUUUUCUAGCGUCAGUGAGUGCACUAUAUAUUUCUCCCACUCACAUCAAAACAAAGAGAGAGGAAUUCUCACUACACGACGCUCUUUACUCCAUCUCACUACGCAGUUCAGGUUCGACUCUAGCACCUACAAUUCGAUCUAA